AUGGAACCAUUGCUUUUCGUCGCUAUUUGUGGCCCGUUCUGCCUUGCAGCCAUUCUUGUCAACAUUUUCUUCUUGGUUUGGCUCAUACAACCGGCUGAAGGAGUGACGGUUCGCUAUCCGAUGCGCUUCUUGUUAAUCACCGUGCUGUGCAAUUCAGCCGUUCUACAAUUUGUCACAGCAGUGGUGAUAAUAACUGUUUUUGUUAAGCCACCUAGUUGGCUUCAUACUGUAAGCAGAGUUGUGAUUUAUCAAGCAUUUACCGGCAACUUCUCGUGUAACGCUUGGAUCAGCAUUUUCUACAACAUGUCGAUCGUUCCGCACAGGAGUGACAUCUUCGUAUGGAUUAAAAGGAACGUUAACAUAAUAAUAUAUAUUGGCUUCAUUUCAACUCAGGUACUUCUUUUAAUGUCUCUUUCAAUGGGAACAAUAACAUUCAUGCAGAGUCCAUCAACGACGAUCAAUUCAACUGCGAAUCACAACACGACAUCGACCACAGAUAAAGGACUUACUAUAUUUAAGUUGUCAAAUAUGUUGUUUGUCUUAUAUUGCACCUGUCCACUAAUCACACUGUCCAUCUCUUGGGGCAAAACCUUUGUCUAUCUCUGUGGACAUUUGAAGCAAAUGGGACAGAAUGAAUCUUUUUCCCAUUCCCAACAGAAGAGCCAGAUGAGAGUCACGGUCAUUGGCAUGAUCCAGGCUGCCGUCUUCCUCCCCAGCAGCCUUUGGUCUCUAGUCGCUGCGUUUCUCUACGCAUUUAACCUUUAUGAAGUAGUGGAUCCCAGUAGAUACAUCACCAUAUCUUCUGCGCUAUGUCCAACUUAG